AUGAAGAUAUCAACAUGUCUGUCAUGUUUAUUCAUCUUUGGCAUAAAUGCAAGUAGAGAUUUCCUGAUAGACACAAGUAGUUGCAAAAUGCCGCUUUUCGACCAUUUCAGUGAAGAGGCGAACAGAACCUACAUGUAUUUACCGCCAAUCAAAUGCAGCGAGUUCGAUUCGCUCACUCACGUGACUGUCGAAAAUAACACUGCCCAUCUGCGUAUUAGAAAAAAAUAUCUCAACCAGUAUUAUGAAUCUGAUGAGGAGAUUGAUUGCUGCUAUAGCUACAUCAUGAGAGCUGGUACACCCGAUGAACCAGAUGUUGGCAUCAGCUGGACCGAAUGUCAUUCCUUCAACUCAACAGUGACCCUCCAGGAAGACACUGUUAUGGUGAAAUGUUACUUGGGAGCUGACAAAAUAUACGAGAACGUUCACAAGUCCAUCUUGAUUUCACCCGACAUUUAUAGCAAACUCAAAUAUUCCCACAAGAAACAGCGCAGGACAAAGAGAAAACCACUCAGCGUCAUUUUGAUGGUAAUAGACAGUGUCUCGAGACUGAAUUUCCAACGAACAAUGCCACAGACAAGAAAUUAUCUACUAGGAAAUGAUUUCGUGGAGUUCUUUGGAUACAAUAAAAUAGACGACAACACCUUCCCUAAUUUCAAUGCGAUCCUAACGGGUCUCAAUUUGAAUCAAUCUAACGCGAUUUGCAAACCGAACCUGGUAGGUUAUCUAGAUAAGUGUCCCAUGAUAUGGUAUGAUUACAGGGAUCAGGGAUAUGUAACAGCGUAUGCAGAAGAUUGGGCUCAAAUUUCGACAUAUAACUACUUGAAAAAAGGAUUCAAGGAGCCGCCUACCGAUUAUUAUUUCAAGCCAUAUUUGGAAGCAGCUGAGGAUCUAUUGAGCGUUUUAACAGUGGAUACAAUGCCAUUUUGCGCUGGGCAUGAAUCAGAAGGUGAAAGAGUUCUCAAACUGGCUCAAGACUUCACGAAGACCUUCAGAUACCACCCCUACUUCGGGAUAUUUUGGAUGAAUACUUUCAGCCACAACCACAUCAAUACCCCUUCCCGCAUGGACCAUACGAUGAAGAACUUUUUCGAAAAUAUCAAACGCAACGGUAUACUGAACGAAAGCAUGGUGAUCGUUCUCAGUGACCACGGCAUUCGCUUCGGUGAAGUGAGACACACCGUUCAGGGAUGGUACGAAGAAAGACUGCCGGCCAACUUCAUAUCGCUGCCUAACUGGUUCCAAAAAGCGCAUCCAGAGAAGUACGAGAACCUCAAAAGAAACGCCCACAAACUCACCAGCACCUACGACUUGUACAUGACUCUGCAAGAAGUCUUGGCUUUGUCCAUGAACAGUCAUGUCGCAGUUGGUAGCAAAGCCUGUCCUAGCUGUCAAUCCUUAUUUUCCAAUAUUCCUUACUCGAGGGGUUGCCGUCAAGCGGGUAUACCAGAAGUUUGGUGUACUUGCCUUGGAAAAUUCAAUGAGAAUGAUUCCGAGAUCACCGUGGAGGUGAAUAAUAGGGCUUUCAGAUUUCUGCGCGAAUCUGGUCGCCUUAAACCAGGAGUUUUGAUCAAUAAAUUAUUGUCCUCGAGUGUCAGUAGAAGUCCUGAUGGAAAAUCGUACUUUUUGAUCAAUUUUGAAACGGUUCAGUCAAAUUAUUUAGCAGGUUAUCAAGGGUUGUUUGAGAUUAGUCUCAAUCCAGUCGUGGAAUUCCUGAGUCUCUUAAGUUUCACUCGUCUUUACUGA